AUGACUGAUUCGUAUGUGACUCAAAAGAAAGACGGUAAAGAAAAGUCUCAUAAUCACGAAACGACUGACAAGGGACACGCGAGCAGAUGGUCAAAUGUUGAAGAAAAGAGUAGAAAUGGCGGCGAAGAAAGUAUCGCGAAGUUGAAAUCAACAUCUCAAGAAUGUACCGGUAUAAAUAAUAGUGUUCAAACAGUUGAUGAGUUCAAGAAUCUCAUGUAUGAGAUGCAGAAAACUCGACGUUUAAUUGUUGAUGAUUUGCUAAGUGCAAGGGAACUACGAGAUGGUAACAUUCAGAUCUUGGAACGGACUUAUGAAAGAUUGACAGAUAAUCAAACACAUUUAUUUCAACGUGAAAUGUGUACGAAGACGAUGAAAUUAAGUUUAAAUAUCAAAGAUGAAAUACUGGGUCUAAAAAAAGACUUGAAAUAUCUCAAGAAGUUGCUUCAAAUUCGGAAAAGUGAACCAAAUUUGUCAUGGUUUGCAAUAAUGUCUCAAGUUGAUUUGAUUUCACUCUUAGCCGGUUAUCAUCCUGAAAGUAAAGAAAAAUUUGUUAAUGAAUAUGAAAAAACUGUGGUACUGCUUCGGACGUUUGUUAAUUCAGCAGUGAUUAAUGGUAAAAAACCAAUAUUUGUUACUGACUGGGAUGGUACUAUGAAAGAUUAUUGCUCGCAGUAUGCAACAAAUUUUCAGCCCGUGUACAGCGCGAUUGGUAUGAUCCGUUUCGCAGAUUGUUUCACGCGUAUUAGUGCUGUACUAACGGCUGGCCCACUUCGAGGUCCUGGCAUACUCGAUUUAACUGCAAUGCCAGUUGAUGGCCCAGUGAAGUUCAGUGGCUCGUGGGGUCGUGAAUGGUGGCUUUCAGGGAGGAGGGUCGUUCAUGAAGAUGGAAUCACAGAAGAAGGUUUCUCGGCAUUGCAGCGUUUAGAUGAGGAAAUGAAGGACUUGUUACGUUCCUCUGAUUACGCUUCAUUUGCACUUGUUGGCAGUGGCGUGCAACGAAAAGUUGAUCGAUUAACGCUAGGAGUUCAAACGGUUUGUCAUCAUGUAACUACUGAAUUAUCCAACAGGUAUCAGAUGGCUGUACUGGAACGAAUGCAUCGUGUAGAUCCAAAUAAUGCAGUACUGGUAUUCGAUCCAUCAACGGAAUUAGAGGUUGAAGUAGUUGCACACAGUUCUGGAAUUAUUUGGAAUAAAGCUGAUGGCGUAGAUCGUCUAAUUAAAAGUUUAGGAGACUCAUUAGAGACCCCAGGGAAAGUUUUAAUUUGUGGUGAUACUGCAUCUGAUUUACCUAUGGUUCGACAAGCUGCAAGAUGUAAUCCGAGUGGUGUUAUGGCGAUAUUCGUUAGUACAAGACUCACUUUGCAUGAUGAAGUGUUACGAAUCAUUGGUGAUAUUAAUCGAUGUUGUUUUGUAUCAUGUCCAGAUGUCAUACAUGCAGCAAUGUCGCAAAUACUCAGAGAAGAAAAUACUGCAAAAAGAAUUUUUUAA